AUGUUGGACAAGUUAAAUGGUCCUUGGACGCGUCGCCUUGAUUUAUUAGUGUUAACUGGGGUGCUAGUUGGAUUGAUCCUUGGUCUGAACUUUUCACUUAUUUUUACAGCAGAUAACAUAUACAAACCAUUCCACAUCUUCAUGUGUUUGUUGUUUGUGUAUCACAUACUCGAGUUCACGUCUUCUGUAUAUCCUCGUCCUUACCAAUCAUCACUCCAUGACUUCAUGUUGUUUCACUCACCACCCUUUAUGAUCGCGUUCGCAGUCUCUGUGGUUGAGUACUUCAUUGAGGUGCGAUUAUUCCCUGAUUUAAAGAGUCAUAUCUUUGUUUCAAUAUUUUUCACUGUAAUUGCAAUCGUGUUCCAAUACUUUAGAAGUGGCGCAAUGUACUACGCUGGGAGUAACUUCAAUCACUACAUUGAGACUGAACAAAGGGUUGAACACAUAUUGGUCACAGAUGGGUUAUAUACUUACCUUAGACAUCCGUCAUAUUUUGGGUGGUUUUGGUGGAGCAUUGCGACGCAAAUUGUAAUGCUUAAUCCAGUUUCUACGGUACUCUACGCACUCGCCGCAUGGUACUUUUUCUAUGACAGAAUACCAAUCGAAGAGAGUUACUUAACACAAAUGUUUGGCGAGAAGUACACAGAAUACAAAAAAAGAACGAUCAUUGGAAUCCCCUUUUUGAAAUGA